ACGAAGCUACCGGACUGUUGGGAAAAAAAUUAAAAAAAAAUACGAACCGUUGCUUAAAGUCUGCCGUGGGCCCUCAAAUUGUAAGAUUUGUGUUUCAACUUCCCGCUGCGGACACGUCCGACCGAAUUUUAAACAACUUUAGCGGUCAAGCGGGAGUGACCGGAGCCGGCAAGCUGCUAAACCCCGGAAGCUAAUCGUUGCUAACAGAAUUCGGCGGCAGGUUUGUCUUUGUGACGUCACAUCGUCUGUUCAUCGCUGCACGUGAAGAAGCUGUAGUAAAGAAUUAACUUAAAAACAUUAAGACAUUAUAUUGACUAGGUACAACCACAACAAUUGUGUGUGCCACAGGUAUCCACAAUUGGGCCAAGCUACUGGGACCGCUAUGGAGAAGCUCAGGGAAGAGUUUGAGCAGAUUGUCGGCGAGCUGGAGUGGCAGGAUGUCGCCGACACUCUCCAGGAGUUAUGCUCCAACAUCCUCUGCGACACCACCAACCCUCCUCACCCGCUUCCUCCUCAUCCUCUUCCCAACCACCACAUACCACCUCCGCCUCCAUCGGCCGCCUAUUCUGGGAGGGCCUUUGACGCCCACGGGGACGUCAGAGGCUUCGCCGGGCGUUUCCCGCUCCGCCCGCCUUUCCUCCCCCACAGCCAAAUAGUGUCGCUUUCCAGUAUGAGCUACGGGCCGCAGUUCAAUCCGUACCUCAUACACCCUUUUCACAUCAGCCGCCAGGUGGGGGCUGCUUUUCGUCAGCAAUCAGGAGGACCAGGAUGGAGGGGGGCCAUGGACUCCUGGCCUGUCACGAUGUAUGUGCCGUGUCAGAUGCCGCCUCAGGUCAUCCACAGUCAGCCUGCCUACAGCUUCCCACCUGCUCCUCCGCAGCCGAAAAAAAGUCUGCCAGUGGUUCCCUUACCCGAAGGUGCAACCUUGCGUGCUGUUGGCAUGCUGAAUGGAGAGGUGUUGUACGCAGCAGUGGAUGCUUCUCAGGGUGCUACGGCUCCUCCGCCGCCAUCUACGUCCACCUCCUCCCCCAGCCGUAAGAGGAAGUACAAGCGGCGGCACAAGCGAGCGCGUGGCAAAAAGCCCCCAAACGCCUUCAUGUGCUUCUUAAGGGAGCAGCGUCCUACGCUGAAGGCUCAGAUUGAGGAGAAGGGCGGCGUGGCAGUCAACAAGCUACUGGGACAGCUGUGGGCGUCGCUGAGCAAGGAGCAGCGGGCUAAAUACUAUGAGCAGGCCUACGCGGAAAAGAAGAUCCACAAGGAGAUGUCCUCUGACUGCUCCAGCAGCAACGAUGAAGGUGCCAACAAAAGGAGGCGAAACAGCGACACAGUAGCCACCAGCCUUGCAGCAGCCCGCCAAGGCGCCUGGGACACCCAAGAUGACCCCUCCCCAUCCACCUCCUUCUCCUCCUCCUCGUCCUCCUCGCUCUCCUCAUGGCUGGAGGCCGUCAUCACCACCGAGGCUCACGACUCCCCGGCCGCCAAGUGCCCCAACUCAGGUGAUGAGUCUGACAUUGAAGGAAUGGAUGCCCAGCUGCUGCACCUGCUGGGCUGCUGUUAGCCCCGCCCACAUUCUGCCACACACACACACACACACCCCCACCCACACACAGUGUUUGUUUAUUUUAUGUGUAAAUAGUCUAUAGUGUUAAAUGAUAGUAUUUUAAAAACUAUUUUAAUAUAUUUCAAAGUGUGCUAAUGUAAUCCAAAUAUGUAGAAAAAUCCAUGAACAACAUUUAAACUGAUUUUGGCUGAUUGCAAACUACUUUGCAAUAAAACACCGCCAUCUAGUGCACAGGCGUCUAAAUAACAUUUUUCUGGGUGGCUUGGUGCGUCAGGUGCCAGGUUUUGCCAAAAGAGGGAGCUCCAGACUUAGUGAUCUCAUAGGUUGCCAUUUAGGAUUUAUUUAUUGAAGGACUUACUUUCCAUCUAAGUGGUCAAUCAUCCUCUAAUCUUUAGAUCAGUCAGUCAAAUGAACUCUGUAAAAUCUCAUCUUGAGGCUGCUUUGGAAGGCUGGGAAAGUCCUGCCUUCAUUUCCUGUUCAUGUCCGGGUGAGCGUCUGGCUCAUUGAAAAAAGACUGAAACAGGGUGCUUCACAUGUCAUAUUGUACUUAUUUUAUUUUUUAUUAAUGUGUUUUAUGUCACGAGAUUUGAUUUGGUGAGUCGUUCGGGGCAAUGUGCUGUCAGUUUAACGGAGUGUUACUGUAAUGAAGAUAUGUAUUCUGUACUGUAGUUCAUAUUGUAAAUAAGACACAGGCUGAAUGGGCAGCGUCUGCAUAUUUAUCUUUAUAUUUGUAUUGAAACAAAGAGCUUACAAAAAUAUGACAGACUUAUGUACAGGUAUAUCAAAUUUUUCUUGUAAUUUUUUUAGUGAAAUAAAUUGGCAUCCGUUG